AUGAAUAAUAUCCUUCCAAACCAGGGUCAGCCUGGGGGUUCGCAACCUGCUCGACCACAGACAUUAUUUAAGCCCGAAAUGAUGCGCCAACUACCUGCGAAUAUUUUUACAGAAGAGGAGAAACAGAAAUGGGAACAGGGAUUAAAAGGACUUUGGUCACACGUUGAAAAUAAUCCUCUUGAAUCAUCGGCACAUCAAGAGGCCAAGCGGAAAUUGAUUGAGUUUUCGAAGUCAGUCCAAUCCAGGAUAUUGCAAUAUCGCACACAGCAACAGCAGCGCCAGGUACAGGCCCAGCAGAAUCAGCAGAAUCAGCAAAACCAGGUUCAAGCUCAGCAGGUUCAACAGAAUCAACAGCAGACUCAGCAACAGAAUCAGCGAAGCCCACAGGCACAACAAGCACCACAACCCACAACAACUCCAUCGAAUGAAGCACCUCAACAAGAGCCGGCCCCACAACAGCAGGAACAAACCACACAGUCACAGGAUAAUCAAGCUACUGGGCUCAAUGUUGGGACUUCUUCCCAACAGCAAGCAAGGCCUCAAAUUGCUGCUCAAAUGCCAGAGAAGAUUCUGCAGCACGUCAGAACAUUUCCGUGGCAUGCCCCACAACACCUAAUCCCGCAAUCACCAGAAUGGACCAAAUGGAUGGCAGAUAUGAAGAACAAGUAUGCAAAGGGCUUGAUGCAGAUGGAAAAGUCAAAUGUGCAGGCGAAGGGUAUGGAAGAUUAUAUUAGAAAGAAAAGAGAAGAAGGAACUGCAACGGAACAAGAUGAAGCAGACCACCAGACGAGAUUAGCAGAGGUUAAAAAACAACAUCAUAUGGCCAAGAAAUUCGUGGAUGACAUUAGAGAGGGUCAGAAACGUCUCGCAACAGGAAACGCUCAGCAAGGUCAAACUCAGCAUCCUCAACAAUCACAAGCUCUUGCACCUGGAUCAUCCAAUACAAACGUGAAUGGAAAUGCAGAUGUUACUACAAGCCAGGGUAACCAAGGAGCUCAAGGUACCACCCAAAUGAAUCAAACACAAGGAGCACCCAGGCCACCUAUGAAUGUGCAGCAGCCACCAAACCCAGCGCUACAGAAUACUCAGACCGUCAAUGCUGCCAUUGAACAAGCUCGUAACCAACAAAUGGGUGGUGGUAAUCGACCUCCUGGGGCACAAGGACAGCCAUUACAAGGUCCACAAAUUCCUACGCCAAACGCACCUUCGCAUCCAACUAUGCCUCAAUCUCAACCUGGGCAAGCGCAAAGUAUUAAAACCGAGCCAACAAUGCCAGGUCCAAUCAACACUGCCAUUACUCAAAUGCAAAAUAACCAGCAACGUCCGGGUCAAACAAAUUCUCCUCAAUCGGCCAUUCCUCAGUCAGCAAACUCAAUUAGUGCACCACACCCACCUGGACCCCCAAGAGCUUUAACCCAUCAAGCGGCAUUGCAAACUGCGGCUCAAAGUUAUUCCAGCGCAGGCGGUCAAACGACCACACCUAAUACGGUCAUGGGUCACUCGCAUACUCACCCUAAUACUAUGCCCAGGGAACAACAAAAUCCAAGUUCAACAAAACUUCCGAUUCCAAAACAUUUGCCAGAAAGAGCAAUCGCACCCCCACAACCUGUCCAAAUGGGUCAAUCACGUCCUUCAUUUACUGGUGGUCCAUCAGGUGCUGGUAACGGAGUCAUGGGUCAACCAGUUAUUGCCAAGACUCCAGGUUAUGUUUUGGAUGGCGAAGGUGACCGCGUUUUGAGUAAGAAAAAAUUAGAUGAGCUUGUUAGACAAGUUACCGGCGGUGGAGAGAACAUUGCAGGUGGCGGUCUGACCGCUGAAGUUGAAGAGUCCAUUCUUACAGUUGCCGACAACUUCGUCGAUCAAGUCCUUCAAGCCGCGUGUAAGAAUGCCAAGGAACGUGGCUCGAAAAUUUUGGAAAUCCGUGAUAUUCAACUUACUCUCGAGCGCGGUUACAAUAUUCGAAUCCCAGGUUACGCCAGUGAUGAGAUUCGAACCGUCCGGAAGAUCGCACCAAGUUCUGGAUGGAUCAAUAAGAUGAGCGCCGUUCAAGCUGCAAAGGUCACAGGUGGAAAGGGUAGUGAUUAA